AUGUUCCACGUAGACAAGCUCUCCUCGGCACACAUCUACCUCCGCCUGCCGGACCCGGCGGACGAGUCCGCGACGCCAAUGACGUGGGACUCGAUCCCCGAGGCGCUGGUGACCGACCUGGCGCAGCUGACAAAGGCCAACUCCAUCGAGGGCAACAAGAAGGACAACAUCACAAUCAUCUACACGCCGUGGUCGAACCUCAAGAAGGACGGCAGCAUGGAGGUCGGCCAGGUCUCCUUCAAGGACCCGCGCAAGGUGAAGCGCGUCCUGGUCCCCCAGCGCGAGAACCCCAUCGUCAACAGGCUCAACAAGACAAAGGUCGAGAAGAAGCCCGACCUGAAGCAGGAGCGCGAUGACCGCCUCAAGGUCCUCAGGAAGCGCGACCAGGCCGCUUCGCUUUUGAGAAAAAAAGAAGAGGCCCGCGUCAUGCAGGAGCGCAAGGAGAAAAAGUGGCAAAAGGACCACGCCUACGACGAGCUCUUCUCCGAGCACAACAUGGAGGCCUCGAGCAACCAGAACCGCGACGCCGACUGGGAGGACGACUUCAUGUGA